UUCUUAUUGGUCGUAUGAUGUUUCUGCCUGUUUGGACAGAUCAACAACACAUUAUGUCGGGAUGGAUGCAGCUACUCUCACGUACGACACACUUGGCUUUGGAGAGUUUGAAGAUUUUCCAGAGACCUCAGAGCCGGUGUGGAUCUUGGGGAAAGAAUUCAACGCACUCACAGAAAAGGAUGACAUUCUUUCAGAUGUCACUUCACGAUUAUGGUUCACCUACAGAAAAAACUUCUCACCCAUUGGAGGGACAGGGCCCACGUCCGACACAGGCUGGGGCUGCAUGCUGCGAUGUGGACAGAUGAUCCUAGGCGAGGCCCUGGUCUGCAGGCAUCUAGGCCGAGACUGGAGAUGGGUGAGAGGCCAGCCUCAGAGAGGACAGUACAUCAGUAUCCUCAACGCCUUCCUUGACAAGAAAGACAGCUACUAUUCUUUACAUCAAAUUGCCCAGAUGGGAGUCGGGGAGGGGAAGUCCAUAGGCCAGUGGUACGGACCGAACACAGUGGCACAGGUACUGAAGAAACUAACUGUGUUUGACUCGUGGAGUCGUCUGGCGGUACAUGUUGCUAUGGACAACACCGUGGUGAUGGAGGAGAUCAAGCGGUUGUGUAUGCCCUGGCUGGACUAUGGUGGAGCAGCGUGUGCAGAGCCCCCGGGAUGGAUACCGAAGCAUAACGGCUGCCUGGAGGGGGCCUGUGCCCUGGCCGAGGAGGAGACGGCUCUCUGGAAGCCCCUGGUCCUUCUCAUCCCUCUCAGGCUGGGCCUGAGCGAAAUCAACAAGGCCUACAUCGAGACCCUGAAGCAAUGCUUUCAGCUGCCCCAGUCCCUGGGUGUCAUCGGAGGGAAACCCAACAGUGCCCAUUACUUCAUAGGCUAUGUUGGAGAGGAGUUGAUCUACCUGGACCCCCACACCACCCAGCCUGCAGUAGAGCCCUGUGAGGACAGCCAGGUCCCCGACGACACUUACCACUGUCAGCAUCCGCCGUGCCGCAUGCACAUCUGUGAAAUAGACCCCUCCGUCGCAGUGGGUUUCUUCUGCCGAACGGAGGACGACUUCGACGACUGGUGUAUGCGAAUCCGAAAGUUGCCCCACACUAGAGGAAGCCUGCCCAUGUUUGAGCUGGUAGACUGUCAACCAUCUCACUUGGCCUGCUCUGUAGACGUGCUCAACCUCACUCCGGAUGAGGCUGGGAUUCAGUCAGAGGUGCGUUGUGGACAAGCGCCUUUUAAAGGCAAUUUCCCUGACGUUCGCGGAGAUCGCGUUCACGGUAAAAUAACAUUUUUAAAAAACUGCUGGCGUCGGCUCAAGUGGAAUUUACAUUUUAAAUGUCUACAACACACCUUUCUGUUUGUGCUUGAAUCCUGAAUCCGGGACAUUAUGUUGAAGACUAGAUAAUGUGAUUUGAUGUAUCAACAGAUUGUGUUUAAGACAUCGAUGUGAUGACGUUGCUAAAUUUUAAUGUCUCCAUCUCCCGUCUUCUAGAUUUCUCAGACCGGUUGGAACGGUUCUUUGAUUCGGAGGAUGAAGAGUUUGAGAUCCUGUCCCUGUGAUGAUGAGGAGGAAUACAGUUACUAUCUGUCCUGGCAGAAACCCCCCCGGCGAUUCUUCUCUGUAUCAGAAGGGAAGCCAAUAGGGGACAGGAGAUGACUGGUGACAUCACUAGCCCAGUCUGGCACCGAUUGUGUAGUGAUGUGUCAAACAGUUGUCUUCUGGUCAGUCACCUGGUGCUCUCCGUGUCCAAUGAGGAGACUCCUUGCUGCGAGGUGGUACCAGGUAGUGCUCUCCGUGUCCAAUGAGGAGACUCCUUGCUGCGAGGUGUUACCAGGUAGCGGGAGCUCUCGGGGAAACAUUCAGUGCUACGUGCAUCUUCACAUUGGUUCUCCAUUUUAAGUCUGAACACAUGUUAUAUUUCCUUUAAGCCAGGGGCGUCAAACUCAUUCCGUGGAGGGCUGAGUGUCUGCAGGUUUUUUUCCCCCAUAUUGAAUUAAGACCUAGACAAAUAGGUGAUGGGAGUUCCUUAACUAAAUUAGUGACCUUUUAAUUCAUCAAAUCAAUUACAAGGGUGAUGCGGAAAAAGAAAAACGGACACUCGGCCGUCUGUGGAAUGAGUUUAACACGUGUGCUGUAAGUGAUAUGGUGCCUUUCUCCCCCCCCCCCCCCCCUCCCCUCCCCUAAACUGAAUUACCAUAACACACAACGAUGUCUUUAGGAACUUGGUUGACUCUGUCCACUUGUAUUGACUGAUGUAAAUUGUAAAUCAAAAUGUGGUUGAGUGAAAUUUUGAAGACAAAGUAGAUUGCUUGUAUUAUCAUUUGUUUUAUUGAGAGUACCAUUUUAUAUCUAAAAAAAUCCCUGUACUGAACGCUGGCUCAUUUUAAAGAUGAUUUAUUUCCUCUAACGACACAUGAAGAAAAAUGAAUGAACGUGUUAAUGAAAAUACAAUUUAAAAAGUUAA